UCAUUUCUUCCUCACUAAUCAACAAUUCCCUUUCCCUUUCUUUCCUUGGUUUUCAAUGUGUUCCUUCUUGCGUUGGGCUCUUAACCUCUGCUUUAAACACUCCUCUUCUCAUCAUUUUUCAUUGGAUUCUUCUUCUCCAUCGGAAAUUAUCAGACACAACCUGGUCCUGACAAACUUCGGAGAUGCCAAGCAGAGGAUGCCUUGGGUUUCCGACACGUGUGCCGUCUGCUUGUUGGAGCUCGACGAAGGCGAUGAUUUAAGGGAACUGAGGAACUGCAGCCACGUGUUCCAUAAGGAUUGCAUUGAUAGAUGGGUUGAGUACGAUGAAGGCGACGAUUAUAAUCGUAAGAGGUGCCCCCUUUGCAGAUCUCCUUUGUUACUCACUUCUUCUCAAAGCUUAGUUGGGCCUAACAGUGAACCCAGCUGGGCGGUUGAUCGGCUGCUCUACUUAUUUGGGGAUGACCUCCUACCUUAGAUUACACCCCCCCAAAAAAAAACCCACCAUGUUUAUCUAUUUUUUGCACUCCUUUUUUUCAUUUUUAAUUUCAUUCUAAUUAAGUUAAUCAGAUUGAUGUUACCUUGUUAAAUGUUUCUUUCAUUCUA